AUGACAGCAGUGGCAGAGGAGCCAUCAACACAUCAUCGUAGACAGCGAAAACGUUGACGCCAGCGCCAGACGAAAGCCAAGGUUUCUGCCCCCCAGUUAGCCCAAUUGAUUGGAUAAUCCCAGCAGAUCGCAAAACUUGAGGACAGCGCUGAAAUAGCUAAAAAUCUCCGCCGGGCAGCAUGUCCUAGUGAACCCCUCGACGGGUGCGAAGCGAGAAGGACACCUGGAGGAGCACGAUGGCCUCCGGCGAUGGCGACACCAUCAACACCAUCGACAUGGACAGCUCCUCAGCGUCGCAGGCCAAACUGGCGGAGCCCAGCAAUGCCUCCACCGACCAUGUGGGAAACUCAUCGCCCGAGCUGGGCAACCGACCGAUGCGAGCGGCCAGCAAGGCGGACAAGGAGCGCAAGAUUGGCCACAGACGCGUCGGCGAGGGCGGCGAGAUUACAUACAAGAAGAUACAAACGUCGCAGAUCAUGGGCUCUAUUCAACUGGGAAUCCAGCACACUGUCGGCAGCCUAGCCUCGAAGCCCAAGCGUGAUCUACUUAUGAUGGACUUCUGGGAAAUCGAGAGCAUCACCUUUCCGCCAGAGGGUUCUAGCCUUACACCUGCCCACCACUACAGCGAGUUCAGAUACAAGAUCUACGCGCCUAUUGCUUUUCGCUACUUUCGGGAUCUGUUCGGCAUCCAGCCAGAUGAUUUUAUGAUGUCCAUGUGCACGUGCCCGCUUCGGGAACUGUCCAAUCCUGGUGCUUCCGGCUCUAUAUUCUACCUGACAACCGACGACGAGUUCAUCAUCAAAACGGUGCAACAUAAAGAGGGCGAAUUCUUACAGAAACUACUGCCUGGUUACUAUAUGAAUCUUAAUCAAAAUCCGCGCACUCUAUUGCCAAAGUUCUUCGGAUUGUACUGCCUGCAGACAAGCAACGCCAAAAACAUUCGCCUGGUGGUUAUGAACAAUCUGCUGCCCUCAUCCGUAAGGAUGCACCUGAAAUACGACUUAAAGGGCUCCACGUUCAAGCGCAAGGCCAACAAGGCGGAGCGUGCCAAGAAGUCGCCCACGUAUAAGGACCUCGAUUUCAUGGAGCAGCAUCCGAACGGCAUAUUCUUGGAGGCUGAGACCUACUCCGCACUGAUCAAGACCAUUCAGCGCGACUGUACGGUACUGGAGUCCUUCAAGAUCAUGGACUACUCCCUGCUUCUCGGCGUUCACAACCUGGACGUGGCACUAAGGGAGAAGCAGAGCGAGCAAAGGAAACCGCUGAGAGCUCCGCUGGCCGAGGACUCCGACGUGGAUGUGGACGAUCCGCUGGACGCGCUGGAUGCCGACGGCAAGGAUCGCGAUGCGGCCACGGGCAUCAGCAGAAAUAAUGCGGCAUAUAGGUCCGUGAAUCGUCAGCGAUUGGUGGCCCAUUCCACGGCCAUGGAGAGCAUUCAGGCGGAGAGUGAACCCAUCGACGACGAGGAGGAUGUGCCACCCGGUGGAAUUCCGGCGAGGAGUGAGAAAGGCGAACGCCUGCUGCUCUACAUUGGAAUUAUCGACAUUCUGCAAUCCUACAGGCUGAAAAAGAAACUGGAGCACACUUUCAAAAGCAUCAUACACGAUGGGGAAACCGUAUCGGUCUGCCGGCCCUCGUUCUAUGCUCAAAGAUUCCAAAACUUCAUGGCCAAGACCGUGUUCCGCAAGAUACCCUCCCUGGAUCUCCCAGAGAUCAAAGGGAAUCACAGAAAAUUUCGUACCUUGGUAACCAGCUACAUAGCGCUUAAGCAUUCGCCUUCGAAGAGAAAAAGCCUUUCCAAGGCUAUACAGCGCUCCAUCGACAGCGACAACGAGGUGGUCACGAGGCCGGUUCAUGCCUCGCACUCGCACAGCAGUGGCAAGAUUCACCAGCCAUCCAAGCCGCCCACCACGGAGCCAACGCCAGCGGGAGCAGCAGGAGGAGCCGGAGGAGGAGUAGCUGCCCAUGGUCCAGCUAUUGGCAGUGCCACCAGCGAGCGGGCACCUCCGCCCGUCAAGCAGCGGACUCCGGCGGCCAGCAAUCUGAAGACACGGGUGCCACCGCCAGUACCACCGCGCGGUUCUCCACGGCGCAAGGAUGCCCAGGAUCGGACGACACCAGGCACAACGCCCUCAUGCAGCUCGACUCCUCCCCCCGCCUUUGACGACAUCUCCGAGGACAGCUCGAACAAGAACAGCACCUCGUCGAUAGGGCGCCGGUCCCAUCAUCAUCACCACCAUCAUCAGCAGUCGCAGCAGCACCAGCAGUCUUACUACCUGGAUCGCAAGAUGAACAUUGGACCCGCCUAUCGAGGCUCCUACAAGGAGGACAUCGUGAGCGUCUCCGAGGUUCAUUUGGAUACAUUGCUGGCGGUGGACACUUCGUCGAGCAGCCAGUACGGGUCCCGCGGAGGAUUGGCCUGGACACCGCCCGCUUCAGGUGAGGGCUCCACUCCCACAUGGACAGAGGGCACACCCAGUUUUACGGACUCCAGUUCGAGUGGUGAUCUCGACAACUUCUCGCCCAUAAACUCAUCUAAAAUCGAUCGACACAAGCCGACGGUGGAAGAUGCCAUCAACUCUCUGUCCGCGGGAAUGAUCAACUAACAUAGCAUGUGAUGACGGAACACAAGACACACCAAACCAGAUAUAUCACGAUGUGGACAGAGUCCGAGCAAAAUAUGCCUCAUACUCUUACAUACUGAUUAUGCUUGCGUGUUCAGGCGCUAUUGUAUAGCUAGGAUAUAAUCAAAAGGCGCCCCACGUAGAACAGAUUCCCAUAACAUGCCCACGCCCUCGACCACACCCACACCUGCCCAUCCUUUCCAGCGGACAUCGGGUGAAAACUAUCCAGCAAAUACAUAACUCAACUCUGCAAAUGAUAUUAUACACAAAAGCAUACUCCCCAUAUACAGAACUAAAGAAGCAUAAAGCAAUUAAGUGGCAAAUCAAAUAUGAGUAAAGUGCGCAGGAUGGCAUCCAGUUGGAGAUCCGAGCUCCGCAAUCCCGUUCCCCUAUACAUUUAGUGUACGGUGUAAAGAGUUCGUUAUGCGUUCUAUCAGAUAAUAUGAAAAUAUACAAUACACUGAAAUUAUAUAAAUAAACGUUUUUGCGAUACUUUCGAUCUCCGAUAUAUCCACUUAAGUACGUAUUAUGUAUACCUAUGUAUAAUCAGCAAUCGCGAUAUUACAAUAUUAUUGUAAAAUAUUUCAAUUUACAAGCCGGACAAACCAAGAGCAAAAUUAUAUACAUAUUAUUCAUCUGUAUUUAUUAACGAUAAUUGUAACGCGCUUAGGUUUACUCAACACAAAAACAGAACGGAACAGGACUUACAUAAGAUAUUACAUACACCAACGGACGGACACGGACUGUGGACAACUUUCGACUCAUACAUGAUGAAAGAAUUGAUUAUUUAUUAAUUAGUUGAAUGUUAUUUAACUUAUAUGCAUUAUUCUAAAGAUUACUGAAAUCCAAAUGUAAUUACAAUAAAUUAAAUUGCAAGGUUGAAA